GAUCGUUCUAUUUGAGUGAUAUAAAAGGCGUAGUCGGGUCAGCGAAUAGUUACAGUCAAAUAAUACAGCCUCAAUCAUUCAGUAACUGCUCAACACAGACCUUUGCGAAACAAUCUUUCAAAAUGUUCAAACUGGUGGUGUUGUCUGCUGUUCUGGCCAUUGCCGCUUCCGCUCCAAGCGAGUCCCUGUACGCUGCUGCUCCUUUGGCAUACACAUCGGUGGUACAUCAGCCAACCGUCUAUGCUCAGAAGGAAAUUGCCUACCAGAAGAAUAUCAUCGAAGAGCCAACCGUCGCCCAUGUCGGAACUGUUCUGAAGAACAUCCCAACUGGAGUAUCCCACCAUAGCUCGUCGGUUGUGCACCAUGAUGCCAAGAUCUCCGAGCCAAUCUAUGCUCCGACCGUGAAGAAGACCGUCGUCUCGACUCCAAUUGAGAAGACCACUUACCACCAGACCGUGGCGGCUGCUCCAGCUAUUACCUACGCCGCUGCCCCAAUUGCCAAGGCUGCCUAUGUUCAGGCCGCCCCUGCCCUGACCUACGCUGCUGCUCCAGCCUACAGCUAUGCUGCUGCCCCAGCCCUGACCUACGCUGCUGCCCCUGCCUACGGAUACGCUGCUUCCCCGAUCGCUUAUACCGGAAGCUACUACGGCGGAGUCCCAGCUGUGUAUGCUAAAUACUAAAACGAAAUGCGGAGACUGUCGGAUUAUUUUUCUUUUGUUCGCGCUUUGGUUGUUUCUAGUGAAAGAUGAGAAAAAAUAAUGAAAUACAAUUUUUCGAUACGGA